ACGCCAUCUUGUUUGUCUUCCUCCUGUGGCGUCUUGGAGGUGUUCUCAACCGUGGAACAAAUGUUCGCCAAACACGUGUUUCACUGGGACAAUAGUGAAUGGUGCACACCUGCUUCGCCAAGCCACAGAACAAAAAGUCACAUUUAACAGUUGCUGGUGUAACAAUUGGAAGAACAUAUUUGACUCAUCUCUUGUACAUGCGGCUAAUGAGAUACACAUUGAACUAGAUCCAUGGACGAUAUACGAUGUAGUGGACGGCUAAAAAGAAAAGCAGAGCAGACCCAUGACAAUGAGCCACCACAAAAAAGGAAGAAGACCCCGCUUGAGAGAACACAUGAAUAUCGAGAGAACAUAAAAAAGGAUUCUGAACAGUACAACAUUUUCCGACAGCAUGAGAAUUUUAGGAAUAGGCUGUAUCGCGAACGUCGAAGCGAAGAAGCGAUUGUCAGAGACAGGGAGCUUGCUCGUGUAAGGGCACAGCGCUAUAGAGAGCGGAAAAAAGAUAAUCCUUCGAAUGAACCACGGAAAACUAGAAAGGCUGCAGAAAAGACUAUGACAGACAAUUGUAACAAGGUUAAAAAUUGGCGGGCUAAUCUGAGUGAUGAAAAGAAAGAAGAAAUUAAACGCAAACGAAGAGAGGCGUAUGCGGCAAAGAAGAAGAAAGAAAGAACGCGGAAUUCAAAUGUUAAUCCUGGCCCUAAUAGUCCGCAGACUUUUAGCCAAUAUCCUAGUGAUCGUUCCAGUAUUAGUCAAAGCCAUACUCCCCAAGACUCGCAGUCGCCAGAAACUCCAAAAGGUGGGAAUAGUGUUAGGCAGGCUCGCCAUAGAUUUAGACGACAGCUGAUGAAAAUGUUACCAUCAUCAAGAAAUACGAGGGCAGAUGUGUUAAGUAACGGCAUUCAAAUGCUGUCGCCUCGUUCAAGACAGGCCUUGGAUAAAAAGAUUCAUAUCAUCAGUCCAAAAUCAAGGAAAAAGUUGAUGAUCUGUAAAGAUGUGUCCUCUGCUGUUAAGCGUCAAUUUGAACAAAUUAAACACAAACGGUCCACCAAAGAUCUAAUUGUACGACGACUCAUCGCAAAUGCCGUCAAGCAAAAUCGCGAUGCAUUGGACUAUUUCAAUGUAAGCCGAAAACUGAAAAAAAGGAUGGACUCAAAAACUCCAUUGACAGUCACCCCAGCCACUGAUGGUAACGUCCCGGCUCCACUGACAUUCACCCCAGCCACUGAUGGUAGGGUCCCAGCUCCACUGACAGUCGCCCCAGCCACUGAUGACGUCUGUGAAGAACAUCUUCACUCUGAGCAACAGAAGUGGAGCUUCAGGGUGGUAACGGAGGAGCCACAGCCUUUCCACAUUAAGAAGGAAGAGGAAUACCCACUGAUUCCACAUUUUACAAAGGAAGAGGAGGACUCACUUACCGCUCACAUUAAAAAGGAAGAGGACCCACUGACCCCUCACGUUAAAGAGGAAGAGGAGGACCCACUGACCCCUCACAAUAAAGAGGGAGAGGAGGACCCACUGACCCCUCACAUUAAGGAGGAAGAAGAGGACCCACUGACCCCUCACAUUAAGGAGGAAGAGGAGGAACACAGCAUCAGUCAGGAGGGAGAGCAUCUUAAAGGACUGGAGGAGGUUGAUGUCACCAAGAUGCCAUUGACUGGUGUGAUUGUGAAGAGUGAAUAUGAUGAGUUGAAAGUGAGGAGAAGAGAGAGGCGGAGCAUCCAAGCAGCAGCUCAACUCAACACAUGACAACAGAAGCUGAUGGAGACCACUGUGGAGGAUCACAAGCAGACAAGAUCUUAGCUCCACUAUCAGAUAGUGACGACACAACGUCUCACUCUCCUGACACUGAUGAUGAAGACUCUGAAGAUGAUAAGACAUGUCACACUGACAACACACACUUGACAUGUUGUCACUGUGACAAAACUUUAAAAUGGCGUAGUAAUCUGAAAGUACACGAGAAUACACACGGGAAAAACCCUUUUCCUGCACAUAAUGUGGUAAAUGUUUUGCACAAAAUAGUUGUCUGAAAAUACACACAAGAAUGCACACUGGAGAAAAACCGUAUUCCUGUUCAGUCUGUGGUAAAGAUUUUGCAGGAAAUGAUCAUCUGAAAAUGCACGUAAGAUUGCACACGGGAGAAAAAACAUUUUCCUGUCCAGUCUGUAGUAAAGGUUUUAUACAAAGUGAGACUCUUUAAGUACACUGGAGACAAACCAUUCACCUAGAAGACAUUAUUGAUAAUGCAGAGCAGAAAGCACACUGGUGAAAAUCCUUUUAUCAGCUCAGUCGGCUUUAAGGGUUUCAUAGACAGUCUAACUUUGAAAAGACUCACGAAAAGACACACACUCAAGAGAAACCAUUUAGUUGCAGUGUGUGUGAUGAAAGAUUCCCUAAUAAGUAGCAGUGUAAGACACACAAGUGUGCGGGUAAGUACAGCAGCAGCAAAUGAAGACGCAGGAUGUUUUGUCAUUUUUCUGUGUGUUAAAAGCUUGACAAAUUGCUUGUAACUUUUAUGUUCCAACACAUUUACCCUUGCAUGCUAAGAGCAUUUUUGAACUGUUAGCGAUCUAUAGUUUUCGUUUUUGGUGAAUGACUAGGGGUGUAACGGUACGUGUAUUUGUAUUGAACCGUUUCAGUACGGGGGUUUCAGUUUGGUUCGGAGUUGUACCGAACGAGUACACAUGCUAGCAGCGACCGGGCUAGGACAACAUGUAAAAGCCAGAGCUGGAAGACCCUCCUGCCUCGUUAAGAUCUCCCGUUUGGGAACACUUUGGCUGCGUGAUACAACAAUGGAGGACGGAGGUUUGCCGACAUUGUUCAGCAGCUGCUUUUGACAACACAUCAAACAUGUGUUGCACCUUUCCUGCUUACGGCUCCCAGACCGUAGUCGAGGAGCGCAGGGGAGACACUCCUCCAGGGCCGAUGUAUUCUCGGGGGCAACACCCUUCACUCUACCCGGCAGUGGGUCUCCACAGCUCCGGACUCCAGGGUAAAUGACGAGUCCGGCGAUUAGUUGCAAAUUGUGGCUUUAUUGAGGUCUUGCACACAGCCAAUUCAACAAAACACUAGCCACUCCCGCACUCACGCUAUUGCUCCCUCACCUCGCUCGCCCACACACUCACCUCACAUGCUGUCACAUAUUAAAGGGCCACACACACACACAUACACUACUCUCAUAACACAUGCUAACCCAUUUGAAGCGUCACCACCGCAUUCAAGCAGCCUCUCCUUGGUGAGUCAGGCAGGGCUAAAGCAAUGACAAAUGUUUUUAUAGCAGCAGAUAUAAGUCCAUAUUGCAUUAAAAACUAGAUUUUGACCCACUUCUAUGGUGGAAGAACAAUGAGCCCAUAUAUCCUUUUACUGCCAAGUUAGCCAGGCUGGGGGGGAAGAAAAGUUAAUCUGAGGCUGAGUUGACUUGAAACUGUUUAAUGUUGCACUUUUUAUAUGUAGAAGAAAAGUUUUGUCAUUUUAUUUCAUCUGAGCCACAACUUGAGGCAGUUUAAUGUUGAUUAACGUGGACCCCAACUUAAACAAGUUGAAAAACGUAUAGGGGUGUUACCAUUUAGUGGUCAAUUGUACAGAAUAUGUACUGUACUGUGCAAUCUAGUAAUAAAAGAAUCAAUCAAUCAAAAAAAGCACUUUAUAUGUAGAAAGGUUUUGUUAAGAAACUAUUCUGAGCCUUAUCUUAUUUAUUUUUUAUUUGAUAUAUGUUGACCACAUUAACCCUGGCAAUGGACCCUGUGUGUAUAUGUAUGUUAUGCCAUUGUUUACAAGUUUGGUAAAUAAAAAAACAAAACAUUUAUAUUUUGUUGUUUUCUUACUGUACCGAAAAUUAACCGAAGCGUGACCUCUAAACCGAGGUACGUACCGAACCGAAAUUUUUGUGUACCGUUACACCCCUAUAAAUGACAGAUCAUGAGAGAUUAUCAUCACACUUCAACAUCUCUAACAUGUAAAUGGUGCCUCUUUCCUAGAUCAGCAUUGUAAAUGUAAAUAUGUUCUUCAUUGUUUUACCCUGGAUAAAUAGAUGUUAAAUAAAUACAUGUAAACUGGGAAGUAAAUGUUUAUAUACUGCAUUACCCAGGAAGGUUAGUGCUCUAGACAGGAGCAGGAAGUAGGUUUGAGUUAUGUUGGAGGACAAUAUGUGUGCCGU